AUGGCCGGCGCGCCGGCCACCACCGCCGCUGCCGUCGUGCCGUCGCUCCCGGCGCUGCGCGACGGCGGCGUGGGCGGCCGCGGGUGCUGGGAGGACGGCGCGAUCUCGCUGGGGCUGGUGGCGGUGCAGCUGGCCGGCGCGGCGUACAUGGUGGUUGUGACGCCGGUGCUGGCGCUGGGCCUGGACCCGCUCUUCCUCGUCGCCUUCGGCAGCCUCACCACUGGGCUCCUCACCCUCCCCUUCGCCCUCAAGGUCGAGAGGAAGAAAUGGCCGUCGGAGCUGAACAACCGGUUGCUUCUCCAGUUUGUCUUGCUGGCUCUGGGAGGGGUGACUGGAUUCCAGGCACUGAUGCUUCACGGCAUGAAUAUGACAUCCCCGGCCAUCGCCUCUGCCAUGCCCAACCUCGCACCCGGCUUCAUCUUCGUCAUCUCUGGCUGCCUCGGGUUUGAGAGGGUUGAUCUCAAGUGCCGCUACACGAAAGCCAAGAUCCUCGGGACCGUGCUCUGCCUGGGGGGCGCCGUCGCCAUGAGCGUCCUGCAGAGCCCGGCCGUCCCACCAGGGCACGCGCUGCACAGAUCAAUGGACCGCGCCGCCGUCGCAAGGCCGCACCGGGACUGGGUCGUGGGCUGCCUGUGCCUCCUGGGCGCAGUGCUCGUGCUCUCGGGCACGAUCGUCCUGCAGGCUGUAACCAUGCUCCAUUUCCCCUCGCCGUUCACGCUCUGCUCCGUGACGUCGCUGAUCGGAGCGGUGCUGACGGCGGCGUUCCAGGUGGUCACCACAGGGAGGCUCAGCCUCGGGACGCCCCAGAUCAGCCUUGAGAUCGUCCUCUCCCUCGUUCUUGUGGGCGGGCUGGUGAGCUCGGCGUGCAUCACGUUCCAGACGUGGGCGCUGGAGAAGAAAGGGCCGGUGAUGGUCUCCAUGUUCAGCCCAACGCAGACCGUCGGCUCAGCCAUCUUCUCCACGAUCUUCCUCGGGCGGGUCAUGCAGACAGGAAGCAUGCUGGGGAUGGUUUUCCUUUUCUCCGGUCUAUAUGUGGUUCUGUGGGCAAAGAAAAAAGAAGGGCAGGUUCUUGCUGCAGACAGGAUGGCGACGGAUCAACAAGACAACGACGACGAUAUGGAGAAGCCGCUGCUGUUUCGAGAUUAGCUUUGCUUCUCUUUCUAAUAUCAUGCUGCUUUAGAAUAUCUCAGUCAAGGUACAGAAAUUGCAAGGAAUGUAUAGGCUAUAGUGGUAUAGUCCUCUCCAUUUGAAUUUUGUUAGGAAGCAUCUGGAUGCUUGUUUGUAGUGAACGAAUACUG